UGGCGUUUAUUCUGAAAACCUCUGACGCAGAUGAGUUUCUUCAAUCGCAUGGCCAACCCAAAUUCGGGGCUUUCAUCAAUUACACCCUUCAUUCGCUUCAUUCCACCCUUCACCUGAAAAAAAAAAAAAAAACAAACAAACAAACAAAAAGGAGUGCAAACCAUGGGCGAUGCAAUUGAUUUGUCCGGCGACGGAGGAGUCAUUAAGACCAUUGUCAGAAAAAGCAAAGCCGAUGCUGUUGGUCCAACAGAAAAUUUUCCUCUUGUUGAUGUUCAUUAUGAAGGCACACUUGCUGAUACUGGUGAAGUUUUUGACACUACACAUGAAGAUAACACCAUCUUCUCUUUCGAGAUUGGAAAGGGCAGUGUUAUCAAGGCUUGGGAAAUUGCUGUGAAAACCAUGAAGGUUGGAGAAGUUGCAAAAAUAACUUGCAAGCCAGAAUAUGCAUAUGGCAGUGCAGGAUCUCCUCCAGAUAUUCCUCCAGACGCACAACUUGUUUUUGAAGUUGAGCUUGUUGCUUGUCGGCCAAGGAAGGGCUCCAGUUUGGGAAGUGUUUCAGAGGAGAGGGCUAGGCUUGAUGAGCUGAAGAAGCAGAGAGAGCUAGCUGCUGCUGCCAAAGAGGAAGAGAAGAAGAAGAGGGAAGAAGCAAAAGCAGUGGCUGCCGCACGUGUGCAAGCCAAGUUAGAAGCCAAAAAAGGUCAAGGAAAGGGUAAAGGUAAAGCAAAGUAGGAAGUUAACAAACAUCUAUAUGAGUUUGGUAUAUGAUGACAAUCAAAUAGUUAUGUGUUAUACACUAUUCAGUAUCUCACUACUUCCCCUUUGGCCCAUCCAAAACCUUAUAUAAAUGAAAUGCUGCUUUGGCUAGAUGCUUUUGUCUAAUUAUAUGGACACCAUAUUUCGUCCCUUCUGAAUAUAGCUAGCUGAUAUAUACAAGCAAUUCUGUAAUAAUAAGCGUUGGAUACGUAAUAAAGUUGAUGGGAAUGAUGAGUUCCCUAUGUCAAUUUCACUA